AUGGGGAGCGCUGGGGCGUAUUACGACGACCCCAUGAUGGGAGCGAUGGACUCCAGCAGGGGGACCCAUAGAAGUCGGUCUGCAACUGGAGUCCCGCUCAGAAGCUACCACUCGAUGGAUCGAGACCAAGACAGAGAGUUUAUGCCGAUCAGAGAACCUCGCGAGAGAAGUCUCGAUCGGGGCUUGGACUCGGUGGCCGCCCGCCAUGCGGCGGCUGGGAGGAGGGGGGAUCGUGGGUAUGGCGCAGAUCCGUACCAACACGACUCGCACCACUCCUACCGGGACAUGGACCCUGCUGCGGAUCCGUACGGAGCCCAGCACAGCCGCAUGGCUGGUGGGGUUGGCCACGGCGGCUACGACCGUGGCUAUGGACCGGCGGGACCUGCUGCAACGCGUGGUGGUGACAGUUUCGUCAUGGAGUUACAAACUCGACUGAACGAACUGCAGGCUCAGUAUGGAACCGUAAAAAGGGAGCUCGAUGCAACAACUCAGAAAUUGGGUUCUUCUAUGCAUAGCAUAAAGACCUUCUGGAGUCCCGAGCUGAAGAAGGAGCGCGCCUUACGCAAAGAAGAAGCAGCAAAAUAUGCCCUCAUCAAUGACCAGUUGAAGCUCCUCCGAACCGAGAAUCAGAAGCAAACUGCACUGAUCCGGCAACUGGAGGAAGAACUUCGCAUCGCUCACAUGCAGCGCAACCCUGACGCGGAGUUGCAGUCGCACCUCGACGCACUCUACGCAGAGAAAGAACACAUGACCAAAGAGAUAUUCCUGCUAAGGGAGACCAUCAAGGAACUAGAACUUCGCAUAGAGACACAGAAACAAACGCUGGCUGCGCGUGACGAAAGCAUCAAAAAACUUAUGGAAAUGCUGCAGUCAUCCAAGGGAGUCGGGUCUCAACUGCUCGACGAGCAGAGGAUUGAGAACGAGCGCCUCCGGGGGAGGCUCAUCGAGGCAGAAGCCCGCACUCGACACCUGGAAUCUAUGCUAGAAAAUCUGAAGCGGGAGGCCGUACAGGUGGAGGAGCUGCGACUCGAGUUGAACAAAAAAGAUCAAGAGGUUCUGGCACUCGGAGCCAAGAUGAAAACACUCGAAGAGCAGCACCAGGACUACCAACGGCAUAUAGCCGUCCUCAAGGAGUCUCUGUGCGCUAAAGAGGAGCACCAAAACAUGCUGCAAGCUGACGUUGAGGAGUUGCGUGCGCGUCUCGAGGAAAAGAACAAACUGAUCGAAAAGAGGACUCAACAAUCCAUGGCCACAAACCAGGAACGCAGUCAUCUCAAUCAGGAACUUCAGGAACUUCGGGACCACAUGGACAUCAAGGAUAGAAAGAUCAACGUGCUACAACGGAAGAUCGAGAACCUAGACGAACUCCUAAAAGAAAAAGACAAUCAGCUAGAUAUGGCUAGAGCGCGCUUAACAGCCAUCCAGGCACACCACUCCACGAACGAAGGAGCUCUGUCUGGUCUUGAAGAGGCUCUACAGGACAAAGAAAAGCAAAUCGCACAGCUGCGGGUGCAACGAGAUCGCGCCGAACAGGAACGCAAUGAAGAACGCGAACUGCAUGAACGCGAAAUCGCUGAAUACAAAAUCCGGCUCCACUCCAUCGAGUCCGAUAUGGAGAAAUUACAGGUUCGCCUCGACAAGGCGGCAGCAGAGAAGGACCGACUUGAGGCGCGUCUAGAGAACUCUCAAUCAGAACUGGGCCAGGUACGUGCGGAACUUGAAAAAAUCCAUGGAGAACACUCAAGGACAUCGAACGAGUGGGACCGACUGCGCUCGGAGAAUGCCAGGCUAAUUCUGGACAAUGACCGUCUCCGCGAAAGUGUGGAUAGAUUGGAGUCUCGAAUAUCUCGGGAGAGAGCCUCACCGGCGAGAUCCUUGUAUCCCAGUUCUGAGGAACUUGAACGUUUACAAGAGAAACUGGACAAAACUCAAUCGGAACUCCGCAGGGCGCAAGCUGAACUUCGAAUGAAUCAAGCUGAGACAGACCGAAAGUGCUCAGAAGUCGAACAACUUCAAGAAAAGGUUGAGCGCUCUCAAGGCGACAUAUACCGGCUUAAAGCUAAACUAGAGAAUGCACAAUCUGAGCGUGAAGCCCUCCAAGAAGAAUACGAUCGAGUGCAGGGCAUGAUCGCUCGUUACCACCUGGAGAAAGACUCCCACCAGGGAGAGACCGAGAAGCUCAAAGGCGAGCUAGAGCGUGUCCAAGGGACGCUAAGUAAAGUGCAGACGCAAUACGACAAAACGCAGGCGGCACUUGACAAGGCGCAAAUGGACGGAGACAGAUUGCAAGAACGCUUAGAUAAAGUCAGCACAGAACUACGCCGGUAUCAAACAGAUCGCGAGAGAGCGCAAGGCGAAGCAGAAGGCCUUCAGUCGCAAGUGAACUCACUGCAGGUUCAAGUCCAACGACUGCAGAAGGAGAAUGACAUGGCCGUGGCCGACAAAGAAGCUCUCAAGGAGAAAUAUGAGCGGUUGAACUCGUCGCUGGUCAGACUUCAGAAAGAACGAGAUCUGGCCAUGGCUGACAUGGAAGACUAUAAGGAAAAAGAGCAGAUGCUCGGUGCUCAACUUGUCAAGGCGCAGAAGGACAAGGAUAACCUUCAGGCCGAGUACGAGAUGCUAAAGGAAAGGCAUGACAAGAGUUACGUUCAGGUGGACCGUUACCAACGUGAGGCGGAGAUGGCCACCAGUGAUUUGCGUCUGAUUCGUGAGAAAUACGAAAAGGCGCAAACUCUACUGGACAAGGCACUCCAGGACAAGGAAGUCGCGCGGGCAGAGGCCAAUCAAGCCUUGGAGAAAAUUGAUCGAGCUCAGGCCGAAGUUUACAAGGCCCAGAGCAGGUACGAGCAGCAAACCAAAGACAUGGAUCGGCUUAUAGUUGAACAUGAUCGGUGCGGACAAAUUCUGGCCAAGAACAAGGAAGAGCACAAGCGAGCGAUGGACGAGUUCGAGGGCAUGAAGGAAAUGUACAUGCGGGCCAACACCCAACUCGCGAAACUCAAAGACACCGAGGAUAAGUACAGACAAGACCUCGACCGGGCCAUGGUCGAUGCGGAACUCUAUAAGGAACGUCACGACAAGCUAGCACAAGAGAUGCGAAAGGUCCAAACAGACCGGGACCAUUUGCAGCAGGAAGUUGAUAGAGUCACACUCGAGUACGAGAAAGCCCAGAGGAAUAACAAGGCUCAAGACGAGCUGGCACAAACUCAACUCGAGCUAGAGGCUGCAUAUGAGAAGAUGGAGAAGUAUCAAAAUGACAUUCGAAAGAUCACCGUCGAUAAAGAUCAUUUUGAGGAAGAAAAUCACAGACUAGAGGCAGAGCUGGAUCGUGCAGAGCGUCAAAUCAAGCAGAUGCAAGCUACCAUCGACAAAAAUCAAUCCGAAAUCGAACGACUGCGCAUUGACCUCGAAAAGGCGACAGACAAACUCGAGCGAGCGCAGCAGGAUGUUGAGAAAAUGACGACGCAGAGAGAUAAAGCGCAAGAGGAUCUUCUAAGGCUGAGAAGCGAGCUGGAACGUGCAGUUGGAGAUAGGGGAGUCACACAGGAAGAGAGAAAGUCCCAACAGGCCGAAAUGGAACGUCUCUACCUCGAAAUCGAGAAAGCCAGAGACAGGUAUGAGAACGCACGCGCUGAGAUCAAAAAGCUGCAAGAACAAAGAUCUCAACAACAACUGGAAAUGGAGAGAAUGAGGUGCGAGCUGGAGUCGAGCAAGAGCCGAUCCUCGGCGUUCACAACUAGCGAGGCUCGACAGAAACAAGAGAUCGAACGUCUCUUCGUCGAGAACGAAAAGCUCAAAGAUAAACUCGAACGGCAGUCAUCCGAACUCACCCGGCUGCAGAAGGAGCGAGAAUCACUCCAGAAUGCCCUGGCGCAGGCUAGAUCGCAGAUCGAGCAAGGGCUGCCUCCAAGGCCGCCCUCGAAGCUCGAUAAGUCUGAAGUGGAUCGUCUGAGAGAACUUCUCGGGCGAUCGGACCAGGAGCUCCAAAAAGCAGUAUCCGAAAACCAACGUUUGCAAAUGGAAGUCGAUCGAUUGAAGCAAGAUCUUGAAGACAGCGAAAAAUAUAUUGCCCAAGUUCAACAAAAUCUACCCAAAGAUAAGGGCGCAAACGAGCAACUACGUAGCGAAACGAAGCAGCUUGCCGAGCAACUUGAAAGGGUUCAACAGGAGUUGUAUCGCACAGCCGAAGAGAGGAAUAGGUUGGAGAUGGCAGUGCAGGAAUUGAGUGGUGAACUCGAGCGCCUCAGAUCCAUCAACUCUGGCCGACCUGGGGAAGCUGAAGCUCAAAUGAAGGCUGAGCUCGACAGAUACCAGAAACAGAUUCUGGCUCUCCAGCAACAAAUUCAACAAAGCGCUCAGCAGACACAGAAGUACGAAGGUGAAAACCGCGAGUUGCGCGAAAAGCUCGAAAAGUCUCUGAACGCGGUGACCCAGUUCCAACGCGAUAUCGAGGGACUGAAGAAAGAGAACAACAAGGUCAUCGAAAUCAAUGAAAAUCUCCAAGUGUCUCAACAAGAGCUGGUCAACCAAUUGAGACAGAGGACCAACACAAGGGCACCACCAGUACCACGGAUCACGUUGGAGAAAGCUCCCUUGAAGAAAGCGCCCGAACCCUCGUUCUUGGCGAUCUUCGACCAGCAGUCGAUGGUGUUCUUGUACAUGACUUCGCCUCCCUUACGUCCCGACUGCAUCAUCAUACGACGACGGACGGUAUCGAACGGAUACGAGAUGAUUCCGGAUACGGUUGUCACGCAUUGGGCGAUGGCCCACGAGAUGAUGAUGUGGGUGUUCUUGGGAUCGGGCAGCAUUCCCUUGGCCGUGUCGAAGAAGCCGAAGAUUCUCAAUUUCCUUCGCUACAACUACGGGUUCAUCUUGCAGGCUCAACAGCAAGCCAAACAGGCCGCUCAACAACAGCAGCAGCAACCUGCUCAACAACAACAGCAGCAACAAGGACAGCCACUGCAGCAACAGCCACCGCAGCCCGCUGCGGUUGGCAAGCAACAGAAUGGAGCGGCCGCGGAGCAGGUGGAGAAACUGCAGCACGAACUCGAUCGAAUGCAAGCCGAGCUCGAAUCGAAAGGACAAGAGAACAUGAGGCUUACCCAGGCUCUGGAACAGGCACAAAACGAAAUCAAGAACUUCGACGGGGAGCGGAAACGCUUCCAGCAGCAACUCGAGAAUCUCGUUCAGGAGAUCGAAAAACGAGAGGCCACCAUCCAGCAGGGCAGCCAGCAAUACACGGCUCUGCAGCAACAACUGCAACAACUGCAGGGCCAACUCGCGAACGCCGGGCAGGCUAACGUCAGCCAGAACGCUCAGGCAGAGGCAGAAUUGGCCGCCAUGCGAAAGCAGCUGGACGAACGACACAAGGCCUUCGAACAACUUGAACAGAAACUCAGGAAGAGAAAAGAGCAGAUUGACGCCGCCGAAGUCAACGUCAAAAAGGUGAAGCACGUCGACGAAACUCACGAAGCCCUGAUCCAAAAGCUCCAGGAAAUGACCAUGAGGUGCGCUGAUCUCGAGAUGAAGCUCAGCCAGGGCGGCGAUGCCGCUAAAGGGGCUGACGAAGCCGAAAUCAACAGGCUCCUCGAUAUCUUGGCCAACCUCGAGCAGGAUAAGGCCCAGAUGCAGGAACAGAUCCAGCAGCUCACCGAGAAAUUGAAGAUCUUCCAGACAGGCGGCGCCUUGCCACAAGGCGCGCCAGCACCACAAGCUCCUGGUCAACAAGGCCAACCUCGGCCACAGGGCCCCGGCCAACAAGGACAGCCGCGACCACCUCAAGGACAGCAACAGCAAAGACCCGAUGGGCAGGCUGUCCGGGUUGAUGCAUCUGCUGCUUGCAUUCUCAACGACGAUAACAAUAACGAAUGUACCGUCGCGUCGAGUUCGACGGACGGCAUCGGACGUCUGGAACUUCUGGAAGAAGCUCUCAAAGAGAGCAUCGCAAUCACCGUGCAGGCCGAGCUGCAGGCCAAACUCAGAGAAGAGGCUCUGACAGCUGCUCAAAACAAGAUACGCGUCUUGGAAACAUUCCUCGCGUCCAAGGCGGCUUGUGGAGACUGCGAAAAGCUCAGGAAUCAGAUGAGGCUCAUCGGGCAGACCCUCAGUCUUCUGAGAGCGCAGCGCAAUAAGCACCUCGAAGAUAUCUUCGAUCUCAAGUUCGAGGCUCUCUCCACUGCGAUCAGCGAGAUCGACGAGCAGGCCGCCCACCUUGAGUUGUCUUGCCGCGCAGAAGACAGAAGACUUCUACAAGAACUCAAGACGGAACGCGAAAAACUCCGACGGCGAAUAAAGACUGAAAACGACAACCGAGUGCGCAUUCUUCAGCAGCUGGACCGAGAAGCCCAGCUCGCGCCACAGCCCAAUGGCGGCACGGUCGACGGUGUAAAGCUCUCGGUGCCCCCGAGUUCGCCUCAUCUGGCCUUCCUGUGA